AUGGUCAAGUCGACGAUUAUCGCACGCGUAGUGGACGGUCUGCCACUGGCCGCCUCGAUGGACGACGAGCAGGCGGAGUCGGAGCUGGCUGGCUACAAGUCGCAGGCCAAGGCAAUCUUCAAGAAGCUCAAUCUGCAGUCUGAGCCAAUGUGCUCGAUUGAGUCGGGUCCCUACUUCCUGCACUACGUGGUGGACCAGGGCGUGUGCUACCUGUGCAUCUGCGAGCGGUCGUUCCCGCGCAAGGUGGCAUUCAGCUACCUGGAUGAGCUGGCCAAGGAGUUCCACAUGAGCUACGGCAGCGAGGUCGAGAAGACGAACCUGCGGCCGUACGCAUUCAUCAAAUUCGACACGUUUAUUCAGAAGACAAAGCGCAUUUACGAAGACUCGCGGACGCAGCAGAACCUGUCGCGGCUGAACGAGGAUCUGAGGGAUGUCACACAGAUCAUGACAAAGAAUAUGGAGGAUCUGCUCUGGCGCGGAGACAGUCUGGACCGCAUGAGCUCGCUGUCGGACCGGCUGCGCGACCAGUCGGAGAAGUACCGGAAGGACGCCAGGAGGCUGAAUCUGGAAGCGCUGUACCGCAAGUACGGAAUUCCGGCCGCCAUCAUCCUCGGGUUCCUGCUGAUUCUGUACCUGCGGUACAAGCUGUUCUAA